AUGAAAAAUACCAAAGCAAAACCUUUACAGGGGAUCCGAGAAGUGCUUCCACAAAAAACAGAUAAACAGUCCACAGCAAAUAUACAAUCCACGGCAUAUAAACAAUCAAGAGCAAAUAAACAAACCACAGCAGAUAAACAAUCCACACCAAAUAUACAAUCCACAGCAAAUAACAGUCUACAGCAAAUAUACAAUCCACAGAAUAUAAAAAAUACACAGCAAAUAAACAAACCACGGCAGAUAAAUAAUCCACAGCAAAUAUACAAUCCAAAGCAGAUAAACAGUCCACAGCAAAUAUACAAUCCACAGCAUAUAAACAAUUCACAGCAAAUAAACAAACCACAGCAGAUAAACAAACCACAGCAGAUAAACAGUCUACAGCAAAUAAACAAAUUACAGCAGAUAUACAAUCCAUACAAAAUACACAAUCCACAGCAAAUAAACAAACCACAGCAGAUAUACAAACCACAGCAGAUAAACAGUCUACAGCAAAUAAACAAACUACAGCAGAUAUACAAUCCACACCAAAUAUACAAACCACAGCAAAUAAACAAACCACAGCAAAUAUACAAACCACAGCAGAUAAACACAGAUAAACAAUCCACACCAAAUAUACAAUCCACAGCAAAUAAACAAACCACAGCAGAUAAACAAACCACAGCAGAUAACCAAUCCACAGCAAAUAUACAAACCACAGCAGAUAAACAACCCACACCAAAUCUACAAUCCACAGCAAAUAAGCCACAUCAGAUAAAGAAACCACAGCAGAUAAACAGUCUACAGCAAAUAAACAAACCGCAGCAGAUAAACAACCCACAGCAAAUAUACAAUCCACAGCAGACAAACAAUCCACAGCAAAUAUACAAACCACAGCAGAUAAGCAAUCCACAUCAAAUACACAAUCCGCAGCAAGUAAAGAAACUACAGCAGAUUAACAAACCACAGCAGAUAAAUAUACCAUAG